AUGACGACGUACGGUACCAUUCCGGCAGAGUUGCCACGACCCUCGUUGAGCAUGAUUGCCCGAGCACGAGAACAGCUCGGAUCGAUUCUCGGGUCACGAAGGAAAUGGGAAGACAUGAUCAAGAUUCACGCCUUAAACUUACCCCCGAAUGUAAACGAAGCCGCACUAAGGAUCCGAACCAACGCCGUGUUUUUUAAGACCAACUAUGCGAUCGUCGUCGCACUUCUUCUCUUCCUCACCUUGCUCUUGCACCCUGUGUCGUUGAUCAUCAUCGCUAUCAUGAUGGGUGCAUGGCUUCUACAGUACAUGUUACGUGACAAUCCUCUGUCAAUCUAUGGCUUCGUGAUCAAUCGUACCACAAUCAUCACGGUCUUGACGUUGUUCACCAUCACCGUGUUUUUCCUAACCGAUGUGAUGAAUAACGUCAUGACCGGUAUUUUUUUCGGAUUAACGGUUGUUGUGCUCCAUGGACUAUUCAGAACUAUCGAUGAUCUGUCCGCCGGAGAUGAGAAAGAAGUCGGUGGAUCGCAGUGUUAA